ACGACUGGCUCCCUCAGCUUGCUCUCGCUUGGUUACUGCUGAUGCACGCCCGGUUGAAGGGAGAGGAAAGUAGACAGCUUGAUCCAGCCUGUGGGAUGCACCCGCGGAGGCAGAAGAGGAGAUUUUGUGCAGCGUUGUGAGAGAGAGAGAUAGAGAGAGCAAAAAGGAGAGGGGCUGGCCUCGAAACAGACCCGUCAUUGCUGGUUUUGGCCAUAGCAGAAAAAAGGCGUCCACCAGUGAGAGGAAAAAAGAGCAGUCCACUGGUAACACAGUCAAAGACCCAGUGAGCUGCAUUCGUGUUAUUGAGUGGGAAAGGCGAAGUGUGAACUGACCAUUUGGAGCUCAGUGCCAAAUUGUGGAAGAGGAGAGGAAGAAGAGGAGGAAGUAGGUGGAGGACAACGAGGGGAGUUGUGGGCCUGGGGCCCAAACGCAAACAGGAUGACAGAGAACAAAAUAAGUCUCCCUGCUAAGCUGAUUAAUGGGGGCGUGGCAGGCCUGGUUGGUGUGACAUGUGUAUUUCCUAUCGAUCUGGCCAAAACCCGCCUACAGAACCAGCAGGGUGCCCAGGUCUACAAAGGAAUGUGGGACUGUCUGGCUAAGACAAUACGCUCCGAUGGUUAUUUUGGAUGCUACAGAGGUGCAGCAGUCAACCUCACUCUUGUCACACCAGAAAAAGCAAUUAAACUGGCAGCUAAUGAUGCCUUCAGACAAAAGCUCUCCAGAAACGGCCACUUGCCCCUAUGGGGGGAAGUUCUGGCAGGUUGUGGGGCUGGGACAUGUCAGGUGGUGGUCACCACUCCCAUGGAAAUGCUCAAAAUACAACUACAAGAUGCAGGGAGGCUGGCUGCGCAGAGAAAAGUCUCGACACCAGCUCAGGCUGCUGCUUCGGGUCCUGCUCCAUCAUUAAUGGCACCACAGCUGCCCCGGCCUAAUCCUGCCCUACGGACAUCUGCUACUAGCAUCACAGUGGAGCUGCUGAGAACCCGAGGCCUUGCUGGUUUAUACAGGGGAGCAGGAGCCACCUUAAUGAGGGAUGUCCCUUUCUCAAUGAUUUACUUCCCCUUGUUUGCCAACUUGAACGCACUGGGGAGGGAAAAACAUGGAAGUCCAGGUGAUGUCCAGGCAAAAGCUCCUUUCUGGCAGUCCUUUGUUGCAGGAUGCGCUGCAGGCUCAGUGGCAGCUGUGGCUGUCACACCGCUGGAUGUGAUAAAAACUCGACUGCAAACACUCCAAAAAGGUGAAGGGGAGGAUACCUACCGAGGAAUUAUUGACUGCACACGGCGCAUAUUGAGGCGAGAGGGACCAUCAGCAUUCCUGAAGGGUGCAGCGUGCCGUGCGCUGGUCAUUGCCCCCCUUUUUGGCAUCGCGCAAGGUGUCUACUUUCUUGGUGUUGGGGAGGCAGUGCUAGCAUUGAUGGAAUAAAAUCAAUCGGCAGGGAUCGUGUUGUAUCUGCGCAUGUCAUUUCAUUUUGCGUCAAACUGCGUGUGGACCCAGCAGCUCACGCUCACACUCAUGUUAUCUGAGAUUGCAACAUACAAGCUUCGGGGUUUAUUUGGUCAAGGAUGGUCCUGUGUACUGUGUCCCAAGGUGUUUUGAGUUUACAUCUAGAGUUAUUCCUUAACCCAAAAGAGAUUCUCUUGUUUGGUUACUCAGAAAAAAAUGCUGUAUAUUGUUCAGGCUGCAAGCCCUAUGUUUGGUUGUAAAUCUUCUAAAAUGAUUUCAUUGCAUAAUCAUACAGGUUAAAAAAUAGAAUGUUCUUUACCUGCCCUGUUAUGCAUUCUUUGCACUCUAUCCAUGAGGUCUGAGUUGUAAUCUUGGAUUCCCUACCUGGAAUGGGAAGCGCUGCCUGUCAGUAGGUCGUUUGUUAAUCUGAUGGUAAUGAUUUAAUCCCUGUAUUAGUGUAAAAUAUAUACACACAGCUCACUUCCGGCCUAAAAGCUACACACGCCCGCCACUGUACUUUGUAUUUAAACCUUCUUCACAGCUUCAGAAGGUUUAAAAUAAAUCCAGAAUAAUGGGACCAAAAGCUACUUCUGCCUAACAAAUCAUAAAAGUAUAUGGAAAACUAAAUAAAAGCCUUAUCGUUGUUAGUUUAAAAAACACACAAAA